UCACUUCCCUGCUCUGAGUCACCCCGUGCCAGGACUAAAGCGGUGCUGGCAGAUGGAUGUGCGGUGCAAGCCCCCCUCCUUCCCAGCCCAUGGGGAAGUGUCACCCUCCCAGCAGCCAGCGCAGAGUCAAUGAGGGGGGUGACAAAUGACAUGCAAAUACCUUCCCUGGAGGCUACAGAAAAGUCACUUGCUUGCACCUUUCCGAAGACUGGUAUUUACAUACUAUUAGAUGCCGACAUCCUGUUGAACUUUCUUAGAGCGUGCGGCUUACAGACACGCUCGUUCGGGGAUUUAGGCUUUAUUGACUGAAGGUUGCUUGGCAGAGAAGGAGCAAAUGAGCUGGCUGGGGAAGUGAAGGCUCGCACAGCCAGUCAAGAAGGAUCCUUCAUGCAAGAGAGACAAGAGAAUAAUUUGGCUUUGGCUCUGAGGACAAACCGUUCACGAUGUCAAUCAAAAAGGAAGGUGCCCACAAGAAGUGGGCUGCCCUGAAGGAGAAACUCGGACCCCAGGAGACCGACCAGUCUGAGGCCAACCUGGAAAAUGCAGAGCCGGAGCUGUGCAUCCGUCUCCUGCAAAUGCCAUCAGUGGUGAACUACUCCGGGCUGAAGAAGCGGCUGGAGAACAGCGACGAUGCCUGGAUGGUCCAGUUCCUGGAGCUGUGCGGGCUGGACCUCCUUCUGGAGGCCCUCGACAGGCUGUCCGGGCGAGGAGUGGCCAGGAUUUCUGAUGCCUUGCUUCAGCUCACCUGCAUUAACUGUGUGCGAGCAGUCAUGAACUCCCACAAAGGCAUCGAAUACAUUGUGAGCAACGAGGGCUACGUCAGAAAACUCUUCCAAGCACUUGACACAACUAAUGUCAUGGUCAAAAAGCAAGUAUUUGAGCUCCUGGCUGCACUAUGCAUUUACUCAUCAGAUGGCCACGCUUUGGCUUUGGAUGCCCUGGACCAUUACAAGAGUGUGAAGAACCAGCAGUAUCGAUUCAGCGUCAUAAUGAACGAGCUCUCCAACACAGAUAAUGUGCCGUACAUGGUGACACUGCUGAGUGCUAUCAACGCCAUCAUACUGGGGAAAGAAGAGCUAAGAACAAGGACACAAAUCAGAAAUGAGUUUAUAGGGCUUCAGCUGUUGGAUAUUUUAGACAAGCUAAGAGACAUAGAGGAGGAGGAUCUGCUUAUCCAGUGUGAUACAUUUGAGGAAUUCAAGAUAGAAGAUGAUGAGGAAUUACUAAAGAUAUGUGAUGGGAUAAACAUGAACGAUCAUCAUGAGGUCUUUUCAUCUCUCUUCAAUAAAGUGAGCCGCUCUCCAGUCUCCAUCCAGCUGCUGUCCAUCCUCCAGAGCCUGCUGCACUUGGAACCAUCUCAUCACUCCAGCCUCUUGCUGUGGGAGUCCUUGGACGCCGUAGUGAACAGAGCCCUUUUGCUCGCAAAUGACAUCCAAGGGAACACAGUUGAAGAAGUCAUCGAGAGGUUGUUAUCUAUCAAGAAACAUCCAAACAAGCAAAAGCGAGCUGAAAACCGGCUGUCUGGCAGUGCGAAUGGAGGUGUCCAGGCUGAGCUAGAGCCAUGUGCACAUGCAGCUCAGAGCGCAGUGGGAUCAUCAAACCCCUCCAAGGCACCAGCACCUCCCUCAGGGCCGUCCGCCAACGAAAAGAAGAUCUCGUGCUCCCAGCUCACAGUCUGCUCUGCUUCACCAGAGAAACCUAACCCUCCACCUAACACUGCUCCUGCCCCAGCACCUCCACCCCCACCACCUCCACCCCCACCCUCUGGCACAGCAGCGGUGACCCCCACAUCCCCUGUGAUGAAUGCACCUCCAGUCCCUCCGCUCCCUGGCAUCCCUCCACCCCCACCCCCAUUGCCCGGCAUGGGGGGCAUCCCUCCACCCCCACCCCUAUUGCCCGGCAUGGGGGGCAUCCCUCCACCCCCACCCCCAUUGCCUGGCAUGGGGGGCAUCCCUCCACCCCCACCCCCAUUACCUGGCAUGGGGGGCAUCCCUCCACCCCCACCCCCAUUGCCUGGCAUGGGUGGCAUCCCUCCCCCUCCACCGCUCCUGCCUGGCAUGGGUGGCAUCCCUCCCCCUCCACCCCCAUUGCCUGGCAUGGGUGGCAUCCCUCCCCCUCCACCGCUCCUGCCUGGCAUGGGUGGCAUCCCUCCCCCUCCACCGCUCCUGCCUGGCAUGGCAGGAGAUCAUAUAGAAGUCAUGGUGGCCUCCCAAUUCAGCUGCCCUCUUGGCUCGAGCAGGCCUCCCCACAAGGCGGUGAAGACGCCAACGUUGAGGAUGAAGAAGCUGAACUGGCAGAAGCUUCCCUCCAAUGUGGUGAGAGAAAGUCACUCAAUGUGGGCUUCAGUGAGCAGCAGCAGCGAGGAGACUAUAGAGCCCAAUUACACAAGCAUAGAGCAGCUGUUUUGCUUUCCACAACCGACACCCAAGGAGAAAACAGCCGCACCAGUGAAGGCAGAACCGAAGGAGAUCACAUUUUUGGACUCCAAGAAAAGUCUCAAUUUGAACAUAUUUUUGAAGCAAUUUAAAUGCUCCAACGAAGAGGUGGCUGCCAUGGUCCAGAAUGGGGACCGGACCAAAUUUGACGUAGAGGUUCUGAAGCAGUUGCUGAAGCUGCUGCCUGAAAAGCAUGAGAUAGAAAACCUGAAGGCCUUCAGAGAAGAGAAAACAAAGCUUGCAAAUGCAGAUCAGUUUUAUCUUCUCCUUCUUCAAAUUCCCAGCUACCAGCUGCGCAUUGAAUGUAUGCUGAUCUGUGAGGAGACCACUGUUGUGCUGGACAUGAUUCAGCCGAAAGCUGAAGCUAUCCGGAGAGCCUGUGAAGAUCUUCUGAACAGUCAUCGCCUGCCGCUCUUUUGUCAACUGAUUCUCAAAGUUGGAAACUUUCUGAACUACGGAAGUCACACGGGCGAUGCUGAUGGGUUUAAAAUCAGCACUUUACUCAAACUAACAGAAACCAAAGCAAACCAAACCCGUAUUACACUGCUCCACCAUAUUCUGGAGGAAGUAGAAAACAGCCACACGGACCUACUGGAACUGCCAAAGGAUCUUGAAUAUGUUUCAAAAGCAGCAGGAAUUAAUAUUGAUAUUAUACGCACCGAGUCCAGUACCAAUUUAAAGAAGUUGCUGGAGCUUCAGCGAAAAGUCUUAUCAUCAAACGACAAUGUGAAACAGCAGUAUGAGAAACCUAUCCAGGAUAGCAUUGAUGCCUCCAGAAAGCUGGAAGAAGAAUUUGAAAGCAUCGAAAAGAAGAGAGAAGAACUUGCAAAUUAUCUCUGUGAAGACCCAAGCAAGUUGUCCUUAGAGGACAUAUUUAGCACCAUGAAGACCUUCAGAGAUCUCUUCAUCCGAGCCCUGAAGGAAAACAAGGACAGAAAGGAGCAAGCUGCCAAAGCAGAGAAGAGGAAGAAACAGCUGGAAGAGGAGGAGGGGAAGAGACAGAAAGGAGAAAAUGGAAAAGUCAUUAAGAAGGGGGUGGUGAAGCAGGAGGAGGUGUGCGUCAUCGAUGCGCUGCUGGCCGACAUAAGGAAAGGGUUCACGCUGAGAAAGACAAAGAACAGACACGAGUCGGAUGCAGUUCCUAAAACCUUGCCUGCGGAGAGCCCGGAGGAGAGCCAGGCUGGAAAGAGCAUUAAGGAUCCACAAGCAGCAGAAAAGCAGAUCAGUGAUAAGACCAAGCAAAACAACGAUGUUCAUCCCUCAGAAAGCACUCCGUCCUCAACCACUGCCCUGAUGGAGAUGGGUGAAGAUGUUACAAAUGCCUCAGCUUCAAACCAGGCAUUAUCUAAAAACAAUGCUGGAGGAAAUUUGCCACCAGAGUCCUGGAUGGAAAGCCCCUCAGUAAGCUUGGUGGAAGCUGAUGGGGCCAGUCAGCCCAUGCCAGGCACCGGGAUGGAGCAGGCAGACAGCUGGGCAAGCCUCCAGCCGAGCACGAAGAGCGGCUCCAUUGCCUUCUCUGCUGCUAACAUAGGCACAGGGAUAAGGUUUGCAAGCAGCAGUUCGGGCACUGCUCUGAGAGAUGAGCUCAACAGGUCCAUCUUGGAAGGCCAGGACAAGGAAUGCCCAGCUGAUGGCUUGGAGAGCUAUAGGCUGGCGCAGGAGCCAGAAUCCCAGCCAAGCGAGACCGGAGUUGACCCUGGUAGUGCUCAGUUCACUCCCUGCGAUGAGGCUCAUCAGGCAGAGUUGAAAGAGGUGGCGAAGGAAAAUGAAGACCCUGGUACAGACUUGCUGUUGGACACCUCUCAAGAGAAGUCCUUCUCAGAGGAGCCAGCCACCGACUCCUCUUGUUCAGCAACGCUCCCCCCAGGGCAAACUCACACCGACAGGGAAAAGCAGAGGCCAUCUGGGAAACGGAGGAAGAAGAAGAGGCACAGCAAAAGCUACUCAGCAGAGGUUGAGACUGAUACUGGAGAUAAUAAAACAAAAAAAGGUUGUGUGGUACAAUGAGGUGUCACGGCAAGGCAGAAGAAGUAACAGAGACCCAGUGAACCACUCACACGUCCCCGAAGUGCUGCCAGCUUCUCAGAAGCCGGGUUCUGCAUCGCCAAACCACCACCGUGGUCACCUCUGCCCCAUCAGGACACACUGCUUCUCCUCCCGCAGCCUUUCAGUCCCCUCCCCAAGACGCAAAGAGCCUCCCCGGAGACUUUGGCACCCUGGGCCCGUGCCUUACACCGGGCACUCGCAGGGACGGGGGCCGGUUCUGUGCAUGGCGAUGUGAAAGGGUCAGAACUCUCGCCCGCUGUCCUCAAAGCCAAGCCUUUCAACCUGCUCUUAGGCCAAACUCCUCUUGAAACGACAGUUGAGUGUGGCCCAAGAAAGGACUGCAGUGUUUAGCCCUCAGAGAAAUUUUAAAAAUAGCAGUGCCUCAACUAAAUUAAGGGCAUAAAUUAAGCAGUGGCUGUACCAUCACCGGUGGAAGUGUGUUACUCCCUCUUCUUAUUGCCCACUGACGAUUUCUAUUGGACCAGGACCAAGACCCAGAUCAGACAAAUGUAUUUUUACUCUCAAUCAUUUAAAGCAAGGGAAAUCAGUUACAGGGGGAAAAAAAAAGUUAAAAAAAAAAAAAAGUAUGUAUUUUAGUAAGCAUAUGGCCAUAUAAACAGUGUCUGGUUCCCACACGAUGCUUAUGUGCAAUUAAGCUGAAGCACGUCAGUAGUCUUGCAGUAGUCUUCUCAGAAGCACAGAUGCGUCCAUCAGCUUUUGGAGAACCAGGGCCCCAGUUCCUGUUAUUAAAGCACCAGAAAGAGGUUUUCCAGAGUGCCCUACUGGACACAUUUUCAGCUUAUCCUGUAGUAAAUCUCUAGGUUUGAAUGCCGUUGUCAGCUGCUUGCACUCAAAAGUCUUGGUGUUCAAGCUGCAGAAGGUGUAGGUUCAUGUUACUUUUGCUUUAAAACAGGGAACGUGCAGUAUUGUGUUUUCAAAAUUCAGAGCUUUAUUUCUCAAGUUUUGUAAUAACAUUGUAUCAUAGUUUUGUACAUAGCUGUCCAUUUAAAAUGAUCUAUGUUUGUUGAAUCUAUGGUGUGAUACUGUGCUGAAACAUGAAUCAAGUGGGAGAGCCGGGUGUUUUUAAGAAUUAUGCCUUUAUAUGGUAACUCACCGUGGCUAGACUAAUGUUCAGGCUCAAGCUUAUUUUGCUUUGCUUAAUGGGACUUGUAACGUCCUUGUAAUACUGAAGACUUUGCUGGAUUAAGUUAGAAGUUAAACCAAGAAUUAAAUCGCUGGUUUAUUUUAACCAAAGCACUGCUAUGAGCAUAUUGAGAAUCGGUUAACAAUAGCAGAGAUCAGCAGAGAGCAGACGCGCAGGCAGCUUCAGUUCAGGAGACCCUGCAGAGCGGCACAGCCCUGUUGCAGCUGAAAUCCCACUCCUGGCUGGCAGAAGCAGGCAGAGCCCCACCGUCCCCUGCUGAACCACGUAACCCGCCCCAGGUUUGACUUGCUGCACCGUCUCUAUCACAUGUACAGGUUUCCCCUUUUUCUUCCUCUUUUCCCGUUUCAGAGCGCAUCACCCAAAGCAUCAGUCUUUUUGCUCCCAUUAAUCCAGCUUCUCUGCUCUCAGAUUAGACCCCAGGCUACAAAAAUCUGAGUGUCAAACACAUUUUCCCAGCAGCUUUGCAACCUCCGUGUUUCCAGCAAAAGCCUUCCUUCCAGCAGCCGACCUCCUCCUCCCCACCCUGCUGUUUUAUCAAUAAGAACAUCAUUUUGAGAUUCAGGACUCGGGAACAAACAGGCUUUCCGGGUGAUACCUCGGGAACCUGACCUGCUGGUGCCCCGCAGGCUGCUCUCUGCAGAUGCUGCAGCAGAUGCCCACUUCUCCGUCGGGGUCUUUCAGCUACCCCCAUUUCCACCUGGAGAGCAGCUCUUUUCACACAGCCAGAGGUUUUAUUGCUCUGUGUUCUUACCUUGGCUUUCAAAGAGAGGGCGUUUGGCAUUAUCUUUCUAUUGCGCUCAAGAGUUUAUGGAGAAAUGGGUUAUUCUGAGCCACUGCCUGUUCUUUGUUCCAUAGUCAUCUGUGAAAACUAUAUUAAAUUAUCUAUACAAUCACAUCCCAAUAAGCAGGCUGAAGCAGAGCAUUUAUAAUUUAUUACUUCAGAGCAGCUCUGCUUCCAUGACAGUGAUUAUUUAAGAACAGGGGGGAAAGAACCAGAGCAGGUCAAAGAAAAAUGUUCACCUGGGAUGUGCAGUUUUGCUCCAUUUGUGACCUUGAAAUAAAGCUCAUGAUCCUGAAGAUUCUUCAGUGGGUGCAAGGCCAAUUUAAUUGCUGGCAAAAACAACAUUGCUUGCAGCUACUUCAGCAGGUCUGUGGUCUUUUAAGCCAACAGUGAGUUUGGACCUCAAAAAAGAAUUCUUGUGGUAUAUUACAGUGACUGCACAUGGAGCCCAGUAUGUAAGCCAGCCUGUGAACACCACAAGUUUCUCGCUGCCAGAUAACUGCAUAUUCCUUAAUUAAGCGUUGGCUAUAUGAUAAAAUGAAGCUAUGAAGAAA